AAAAUGGCGGUGACAGGCUGGUUGGAGAGUCUGCGGGCGGCUGAGAAGACGGCGCUACUGCAGGACGAAAAAUUUGUAUUCAUUGUGGAAAUAUUAAAAAUAAACAAGUCACCCAUAAUCCUGCUUUCCAGAGGGAGAAGGAAGGUGCACUAUUUGUUCCCAGAUGGGAAGGAAAUGGCUGAAGAAUAUGAUGAGAAGACGAGUGAACUACUUGUGAGAAAGUGGCGUGUGAAAAGUGCCCUUGGAGCCUUGGGCCAGUGGCAGAUUGAGGUGGGAGAGCCAGCACUCCCAGGAGCAGGGAGCCUGGGGCCUGAACUCAUCAAGGAAAGCAAUGCCAAUCCCAUCUUCAUGCGCAAGGAUACCAAGAUGAGUUUCCAGUGGCGGAUUCGAAAUCUCCCCUACCCUAAGGAUGUUUAUAGUGUCUGUGUGGACCAGAAGGAGCGCUGUGUCAUUGUCAGAACAACCAACAAAAAGUACUACAAGAAGUUCUCCAUUCCUGACCUAGACAGAUACCAGCUACCUCUGGAUGAUUCCUCGCUGAGCUUUGCUCAUGCCAACUGCACCCUGAUCAUCGCCUACCAGAAGCCAAAGGAGGUCCUGGCGGCCGAGUCAGAACUGCAGAAGGAGCUGAAGAAGGUAAAGACGGCCCACAGCAGUGAUGGGGACUGCAAGACCCAGUAGUGGACCCCUGAGCCUGCACCUCUGGUGUGGAGGGUGGGUGAGGCUCUUCCUGUCAGCCUGUGAGUCUUCGAGGCUUGGGCCUUCCUGGUGCAGGAGCAGCCUCUUCUCUUCUAGGAGCUAUCCAGGCUCUGUAAGAACUGGCCCUUGGGGCACUCCUUGCCCCUGCAUCUUAUCUCCUAAGUAAAGUCAUUCUGAGUCGCCGUCGGUGGACUGCCCUCUUGUUCACCUCUGUAUGCUUCUGUCCCCAGGAAGGGUGCUGGUGACAACAUUCCCUUCUCUAUCCUCCAGACCUUCAACAUAAAGCCUUCUGCAUAAAGGGAGGCGUGGACUUUAGAUGGAGCCCUGACCCCGUCUUCCCCAAACUGUUUGCAUAAACUCAGAGGAAGACUAGGCUGGAAGGGACCCUGUGCUACCUUAGCUUGCAGAAGUGGCCCAGAGGAACUCCCUAAGAUAGGGGUCGGUGAGGGAGAAGUUUUUAAAAUGCAGAAACCUUGGAAACAACGCGGGAUAUUAAGACAUUGUGGGUGAAAAGCCAGAUUAAGGGUGGUAGCAUUGCGAAGAGUGGGUGUGUGUUGGGGCAGGGUGAAGAAAGGUCACCACAGAUGGAUAGCAGCGUAGCUCCCCGACAACCCAGAGCCCUUCCAUGGUCCCCUCUCCAUACCCCAGAGGUGACACCCACCCCAACACUAGGGCCAAAGGGGUAGGUGGUAAUGAGAAGUUUUCCUGAAGAAAAGAAACCUUUUUUCUUUGGGAUACUGAGCCGUGAGGUUGGUCUUACCCUUUCCCCAGCAUGCCCACCCCCAAGUAUGAAUCUGUUGUUCCCUCUCCCUGGGGCCUCCCAGGACUCCCCAGCUGGUGAAGAACCAGAUUUGUGAACAAU